AUCAGAGAAAGUAAGUUACUUUUCAUUCUUUUUUAAUCUUCUUUUUAAGAAUUUGAAGAGAUAAAAGAGUUAAGACGAGAUUAAAGUUAUAAUCUACAUUGGUAGAAAUGGACUUACGUUUUAAACGUCGUUGUAAAAUAUCGAAUCUAAUCGUGGAAGUUUGAUCUCAUCAUAAUUCUACCAUUAAACAUCUUCUUAAUAUAAUUAAAACAUUUUCCUCGUUGUUCGCGUGCGGCUACGUAAAGGAAGACAGAGAGAGAAAGAGAAAAAAAGAAAGAUUAAAAUCUCUGCUGGCUGUAAUCCAAUGUACGCGAGAAUGACCGUCCACGGUGAUUAGAUCGCUAAAUUAGUUGCUAUCUCGGCGGGAGCGAUAAAUAAUAAUAUUCCGCGAGUUAGUUAAUAACUGCCGAGCAUGUCGAUGCCUGCAUGCACUGCGUGCAACACACGCUCAUUUUGUUCAUGUAUACGCGAAAUAUUUAUCACAUGAUUUAUACAACGUGCGCGGCGCACACACACACACACACACACACACACACACAACUGUUACAUCGGCAAUCCGCCGUCAAUUUGUCAGAUAUUGGUGCGUCCAUGCACAGCACGGAGGCGGAGGCCGAGGGGAAUUAUUAAAUUCUCGGCAACGCGGGAAAACAUCGCGCAUUAAUAAGAGCUAAUUAAUGCCCGAUGUUCGAAAUUUGUUCAUUUGCGCGACGGUUAAGCUUCGUAAAACGCGAUUAAGCGUCAAUGGUAAUAACGCUCUCGUUUACGCACGAUGACGCGUAAUAAUGCGUCUAUAUUGAUGGAAUACUUUUCCCAAUCCUGCGACCGUUCGUAUGCGCGUGUAUGUACGUGCGCGACUCUGAUGUCGCGCGAAAGCGCGACUCUCCAUCAUUUAAUAAUCCAAUAACGUCGCGCGAAUAAAUGACUCACGGUGUUACGCUGACCUAUAGAAGCUCGUGAUUCAUAGCUCGACGUUUACCCUAUGCUACGUAAUAAUUAUCGUUGCGCUCUUUACAUAAAGAUACGACCAUGGUGGAUACGACGACACUGUAGGUCCUCUUCUAAUUAAUAGUUUUCUCUCUCGGUAGGCCUUUACGUAUCAAUUACAAAGUUUUUCCAUUUUAUUCUCCGUUCAGCAGGUAACACGAUUUGCCGGCAGUAAAAUUAUUUAACAAUAGCGCGACGUAUCUUCAAACGAUUAUCACGAUAAAUUGUAAAAAUGUACGGCGCAUCGUUAUCGCAUCCGCGCGAUUUGUUAACGGAGUAUUUACUGUCUGGAAAUAUCUGGAAUUCUCAGGAAAUUUCUCGCCGAAACGGUCCCUUCGUGAAAAACUUGGCUUUUAUUUCGCGGGUAACAGAGUGCUGCAUUUUUCACGUUGUAAAAGUGCUACAUAAGUUUCGCGUUGAGAUCAGUUUAUUUUAACCCUCCCUUUAACACUUGGAUGUUGAUGUUUUUCUUUGUUCGCGAUUUUACUUUUUUAUUACACUUCUUGAAAAUUUUACGCGAUAUGAAAUGCUUAUUUUAUGGGCGUCCUCCUUUUCAAUACUUUCUCAGAUUUGAUGAUACCUCGAGUAAUUUUUUUUCUAAGGUUUUUUAAUGAGUUCGUUAAAAAAAAGAUCUGAUUGCAUAAAUUGAAAGUCUCUGGUAGAUUUGGCCAGUAUAUUUGUUGGGAAAUGAACGAGAAUCAAAAUUCUUUUAGAAAUUAUCAGAUGAGCACAAUUGAUCCUUGUUGAUAUACAAGAAUUUCAUACUAAAUUUAUUUAAUUAAAUCAGCAUAACUUUGCAGCGAGAAAAACGUCUAGAGUGAAAUACAUUCUACUAUACUACAUCUUGUUAAUAUAAUUAAAACAUUGUUCUCUGAGUAAAAAAGAAGAACUAAAUUCGGAUAAAAUCGAUUUUUAACUUGCAUCUAAAAAUGUUAUAACUUCGUUGAAAAUUUCAACGAAAAUAUCUGAAAGGUCAAAGAAAUUCAAAGAAAUUGUUUUUCAGUGUUGAGUAGAUAUCCCGAAAUUAAGUUCCGUGAAUUGAGUAAGAGUGACCGAUUGAAAGAAGAUUGAUUAAGUUUGCGCAGCCGUGAAAGGUAGCUCGAAUAUAUUUCUUGCGGGCGCGCUUUAUUAUUUUUUACUUGCAUCUCGAAGAGAGACAGAGGGGCGCUAAGUAAAAUUCAAACGCGAACGUGUUUACGUCUUAAUGUUUUCCUUGCACGAGAACGUCAUGAGCCUUGUUGUGUCUGCUUACAGAGUAUACGAUGUCGGAAGGUGGACGUGCAGUGAUCUGGCACCUAGUAUCAGCCCCUCGUGCUGCACGCCACCCAAAAGAUUCACAUACUAACUGCUAAGUCGCACCCGCGCGCGCGUGUGUGUGUGAGAGAGAGAAUUGAAUCCCCACCAGUUGCAGGGUGUACUGCACUGUAACUCCAUGACGCAUUUAACACAUGGCCCGCCUAGAGAUACCGAGCAUAGUGGUGUAUAAAGGAAGCAGGUCGCAGGACCGACCUGAGAGUCCUACGGUGGUGGUGAGAGGAGGAAUGCCCUCACUGCCGUCCUCCAGGCAAGGCCUCGCCGUAAGUGGCUCCGGUGGUAGUGCACCUCACCAGGACGCCUCGGAGCCGGAUAUGAUAGACGGGAAUGCCAACCCCAACAUCGGCACCUCCCCCGUACCGAACUCGCUCCAUCGUCCCGCGUCCUCCUGCCCGCCGCCCGACAAAUCGGACACUGAAAGCAAGAACUUUCGCAAUCGGACGAACACGAAACUGAAGCUGUUAGUCAGAAGCCAUGCCAUGAGAGAAUCGACGUCCCCACCGCGGGAACCGCACGGCAACGGUCCGGCGUCGCCGCACAGUCCGCAGUCGGCGGACGGCGAGAAGAAGAUCGUGUGCAGCCUCUCGCCCAAUUCCACCGGCGCCAAGCUCAACAACAACGAGUCCAUGUACAACAGCAAUCUUUGUUCCGCUCAAUCCCCUAAGCAAAUGCGCAACACGGCGACUUCACCGACUUGUCGGACACCGUCGCGAAAUGGUCAAUCUAGUCCCUCUCAGGUACACUCACCAAAGAGCAUCACUUCUCCGACUAAUGGCAAUAAAUUGGAGAAUCAUCGCUCCAAAUUCGCUAGCGCGAAUAUCAUUCAGAAAUGCAAUAACUGUGUGAAGAACAAUCAGAAUGAGCGGCCAGGUCUACUGCAGACUCCGAUAUCACCCACCAGGUCCGGUCAAGCGUUGCAGCAUUCGCCGAAGAGCACGAAUCUUGCUCCGUGCGGCCAGAAUAAUCAGCACAAAUCCGAGCAACGAAGGCCGAACACGUUGAACAUUUGUAACAAUCAGUGUUCGGCGCAAUGUGGCAACACGCUCUCGGUGAGCAGGCCCGGAUCUAGGCACAAGCUGAGGCAUCAGAAUUCGUCCCAGGGCAGCUACGAUAGCGCAUCGCCAUGCCUUUCGCGCGACAGCAGCACAGAGCUGUACACGGACAGCACCGGGAUAGAUCUCGAACAGUUCAUCGCGGAGACUAUAAACCGCAAUCAGAAAGAUCGCACAGUGUUGUUGAAGAUCGAGAAGGAUUUAAUUGAGUUUGCGAAGGAUCGGCAGAAGGUCUCCCACAAGUUCCCGAGCAUGUCAUCGUACAAUAGGAUGCUGGUACAUCGGGUGGCAGCUUACUUCGGGAUGGAGCACAACGUGGAUCAGUCAGGUCUGAGUGUCAUCGUCACGCGGACGAAAAACAUGCGAAUACCGGACACUCGCUUCAAAGAACACAUCAGGGACGAUCUGAUCUUGUCAGAGGAGCCGCGAAGAAGUAUCCUGAAGCGAGACUCAAGCUCAUUCGAGGACAGCUUCAACUUCAAAUCGCCUGACAGACUGUCGGGCGACUGCUGCCGGCGCAGUAAGAGCUUCGAAGAGCGCGAGGAGGAGUACGAGCGCGCCAGACGAAGGAUAUUCAAGGACAGUAGCGGUGAGAGCAGCGAAAUCACGUCCUGGCCGUGGUCCUCGACGGAGAGCUCGGACGCCUCGGCGAAAUUUCGCUUGCUGCAUCCGGAUCACCACCUAGUCAGGCAAAAUCGACUUCUGAAGGGCGAAUCCUUUGACGGAAGGGAUUCGUUCCGCGGUGCGGUAUUGCGCCCGUCCGUUUCUAAGUCAUUCAGUUUCGGUGGAUACACCAAAGGCAUGCUGACGAGGGGGGACAGUGUCACAUCCACACAUAGUGCGGGGGCUCGCCUCAUGAAGCAAGAUUCGGGGGCGAGCAUGUGUUCACGCUUGAGCCCGAGCCGCUCGAGCAGUGGCUACAAAUCGCAGAGUCAGCGCAGUGACGCGACGAUAUCACCAUCUCCAUCACCCUCUCCCGUACCAGCCGCCAUGACGUGUAGCCACACUCAAGUAUCUAGUCAGGAUUUAGUCUCGCCGGAGUCAGGUGGCGGCCAGACGGUCAUGUGGGCAGUUACCAGUUUGUCCAGCGUGCCACCCGGCAGCAUAAUAAUAAACCCGCAGACCAAUCAGCCGUACACGAACCCGGACGGUUCGAUCUAUCGCUACGACCCGGACAAUCCGCCAAAGUUCUUCGCUAUGGAGAAUGAGAACGGCGUCGCUAAUAAGCAACAACAACAACAGCAGCAGCAGCAACAACAACACACGGAAUUACCCUCCGAGCCAUCCAGAACGAAUAACAACCUCAAGCACGACGGCAGGAAGCAGAGGUCGCCGCAAUCGAGGAUCAGUGUCACGGGAACGACCACCGGGGCCCAAGUAACGAACACGGCAACAUCGCCGAGCCUGCCGUUUACUCCGCCACCACCGCCGCCACCUCCACCACCUCCUACUUCUGCACCGCAGAACCUCCCACCCAUUCCGCAGCAGCAGCAACAGCAAGCGCAGCAACAGCAGCCACAAUCGCAGCCACAGCAGCAGCUGCAGCUGCAGCCGCAGCCGCAGCAGCAAAGUCUAGUCAAAUCGUCAACAACAUUACCGAUGUUUAGUCAUACUAACCAAACAGCUCAACAACCGUACGCGACCUAUGUACCUACCUCAGAACCGUAUAAUCAGGGUGUCUAUCCGCCCCCCAUGGGGCAACCGACUGUGAUGAUGGCGCCUCAUCCGACUCAGGGUCAAGCGAGUAUGCAAAAUGGCGGUCAAGGGGACGUUGUUUUCAAUCAGAAUCAGGUCUACACCAAUUACGCGGUACCUGUGCAUCAAGGACCAAUACCACAGUCAGGGGAUAUGGCGGAGUUGUCCGGAUAUUUCUUAGGGAUGAACAUUUACGAUCAGCGUGGCAGCGGUGACAGCCAUCCCACGCCCCCGCACUCCACGUAUCCGCCACCGCCGCCCUCCGCGAACCAAGCCGUGCAGAAUAUGCAGUCGAUACAACCGAAUUACUGGCAACCACCGCCGAAUCAAAUACCGCCCCAACAGACCAUGUAUUUCGUACCUCCGCCUGCAACGGCAAUUUCCGUCGGGCAGAAUCCAGGGGACAGGCAGCAGCUGCAUCAGCAGCAGAGAUUCCCGACGAAUUACUCUUUCAACGCGCAAGCAAUGACGCCUCCGAGCCAAGCGAGUUCUAAUUACGUCGGCAGUUACCCGGUACCUUACAAUUCCGUACCGGCGGUAACUCCGACCCCCGGCGACUAUACGUAUCAACCACCGGUUCAAAUGGUUCCUACGUAUUAUCCGCCGGGACAGCCGGCGAUACAGCCACCGCCUGUGAUGUACAGAGUACCUACGCCACCGAACACACCAACGUCUAGUCAGAUACCUGGUAUGCCGUUGAUGUAUGUCAACUCAAGCAGCUACGCGGCCCCGGCGAUGGUGACCAGUGGAACAUUCGGACAUCAGGUUACCCACAACGGCACGUCUCCGGCGCCGCCCGGCGCGUACAUGGCACCCACGCUGGUUCCCAAUCUCGUCUUUAGACAAAACGUUCCUGUCGUUCCCAGCGUGCGGGCGACAACGCCAGGGAACUCUCAACGAGCUAGUCGAUCUCCAACUCCGGCGCACGAGCUUUUCGGAGGUGGAAGUGGAGAUCGAAGCGCACAACCUCAACCACGUUAUCCACUGCCAAUGUAUCAGGGUGUCCAUAUAGUGCAAGGGGAUAUGAGAUUGAUGCAUCCAGGCGUACCAUCCAACCCCCGGUUGCAGUAUGCACCAGUAUCAUCACCGCCUGUUGUUCAAGGCUGCCCGCGGCCGUACAGGCCGCCUUCGUCUAACACCUCGGGGGCCGGCACUCCGACUUCCUUUGACGGCAGAAAUCAGAAAAUUCGCAAACAGAGGUCCAAAGUAACAUCUUUACCACCGAGCGGCGCACGAUCCAAUUUUUAUCAGGCACCUUCCAUGUCAUCGCUCUCAUCAAACGUACCCAAAGACAUCAGAGAAGGAACGGUGAAGGUGACCAUCACCCGUCGGAAUCAGCAAGAGAGAUGAUAUUAGAAGAAUAUACGCGUGCACGUACAUCGAGUGAGAAGAAUAUUGUUACGCGUAUUUUUUUUUUUUUUUUAAA